AUGGCGUCCUCCAGGAGCCCGCUGCCUUUUGAAGAGGCCAAAUCGGUUAUGUCUACAGUUAUGCCAAUGAUAUCGCAUGUCUACCACCGACCUCGAACCCAAAGAGCAAAGACCAUUGCCUACUCAGCCAUCUUCUUCUUCGUUGUUAUUGUCAUUUACAUGACAGCUCCCAAGAGCAUUGAACCUGAUUACUGGUCUACCUUCCCCUCUCAACAUCCAUUCCCCGAGCGGCCGGAAGAUGCGCAGGUCGUUCUUCCUCAAAGACCAGACAUCACCCUAAACGACUCUCUCCCGCACGACCUGGAGAAAAAAAAUCCCUACCUACAUGUCCUCCUACCGGUGCAGAGAAGCUCUCGCGGCCUCUGUCGCACUAUCGCAUCGGGCUCGAUUCUCCAUUACCCACCUCCAACGCUCAUCGGAUAUGGAAUAGAAAGCCAUGGAACGGAGUUCAGCCGCAUGGUGACACAGCUCACGCGCGUCCGAGACUACCUAAACGAAAGCAAGGGGGUGAAGGAUGGAGAUUUCAUCCUGCUUGUUGAUGCCGAUGACGUAUUCUUCCAGCUUCCCCCGCAGAUUCUUGUGAAUCGUUUCCAAAACAUCAUCCGAUCAAACAAUGCGAGACUACUCCAGAAGUAUGGAUACGCAACAGUGCCCGGGCCAGACCCAGGCUCCCCACCGGUGAAAGUUCAAAAGUACACUCAGCGAGUUUUGUUUGGCGCCAGUAAACUCUGCCACAGCUUGUCGGGCGACCCAGGUUGUACAGCCGUGCCGGAAUCGUCCCUGCCUCCUGAUGUUUAUGGCUGGAAGACUGAUUCCCAAUCAGACGGAAUCAAGAAUCGGCCUCGGUGGUUGAAUUCCGGUGCAGUGAUGGGCCAAGCUGCCGAUCUGCGUCUCAUCUUCAACGAGGUCUUGCAUCAGAUUGAAAAGCACACGAAGGAAGACCCCGAAUACCACAUAUUGACACACAUAUUUGGACGACAGGAGGUUGUGAGGGAGAUAGAGCGACUUCGGACAGUGAACGGAGCUAAAGAAUGGUUCUAUCAAUUAUUAGGGAUCUCAGAUAAGACCAACCUUGCUGGUCUUAAAGUUCGACUCGAGACAGGACGCCGCUAUGAGUAUGGAAUUGGCGUAGACUACGAGUCGCAAAUGUUCUUCAACCAAUUCCUCUCUCGCAAGGACGUGGAUUGGCUCGAUUACAGCAACAUCUCAAAGUCUUCAUCUCUCCAAGGCCAGUUCGGUGUUCCGCGCGAGAGGCGACUUUUGCUACCAAGUGAUAUCGCAGCCUUGCCGAGCCCUUUCAACCAAUCACUUUUGGCGAGGGAAGAGACUGCAUCGCCAGAGUGGAAUUCCACUCUUGAUAAGUUCCCCAACCCGGAUAACCACACCUGGAAUCACAUACCCCUCAUGAUGAAUCCAUACUCGGCCUCUGUCCCAGUACUAGCUCAUUUGAAUGGAGACCCCAAACUUCGCAACGCAUGGUGGGAAGAGAUGUGGUUCUUCCCAUGGGCACGCGCCUUGAUGCGACGAAAUGUUCGCGACGCCCAGGGAUUUGAUGCGGCGCAGUCAGCUCUCCUAGGCGGCCAGGACUGGUGGGAUAUGCGCGGUGGGCGUGGUGGACUGUGGACGGAUGAUAAGAACUGGAUAACCUUCUCAGAAGCCUGCGAGGGCCAUGAACGAGAUCUUUUCGAUGACGACCUUGGUCCCUGGAACAAGGAGAACGGUGACCCAGAUGCACCAGUCUAUAACCGCUGGGGACAUCUGGUUUAUGGAAAAGAGGAGAUAAAAAAUGAGUAG